CGUCUUCAGCAUUGUGAAACCAGUAAAUUACCUUGAAUGAAGAUUCACAUAGAAAGUGCCAACGUACUUUUACACACAGUUUUUCACCUGCCUUGCUUUAUUUAUUCAUACAUAUAUAAACUAUUGCAUUUCGCAAAGGAUUAACUGAUAUUUUAAUUAGCCUGUGAUUCGUUAAAAACUCAACUAGCUUUCUUGAAAUUUCGUAUUUAAUCUGCAAUGUGUGAUCCAAAUACAUCUACACUGUCUACACUUCUACAAUUUUUGCAUAUUAUUUUAGACGGAGUUUUGGAAUUUAUACUUGGAUGGAUUUUGGGAGUUAAACGACAUGUGCCAGCACCACCAAAUAAAGAAAUAGAAGAACUACUUUCAACUAGCGCAGUGAAGCUUGCUGGUCGUAUUCGAGAAGGAAAAUUGAAAUCUUACGAAUUGGUAAAGGCCUAUUAUGACCGUUUACUUGUUGUAAAUCGUGAUUUAAAUGCUGUUGUUGACGGUCCCUUCAUAGAAGCUCUUGAUGAAGCCAAAUUGAUCGAUGAACGUUUUAAAAAUGGAGACAUUUCCGAAGAGGAGCUAAAAAGAAAACCAUUUCUUGGAGUACCAUUUACUACAAAAGACAGCACUGAGGUAGAUGGCAAGCUACAUACACUGGGGUUGAUAUCACGGCGAAAUAAACGUGGUUCAAAGGAUGCUGAGUGUGUGCGAUUAAUGAAGGAAGCUGGGGCUAUCUUUUUAGCGACAUCAAAUGUACCCGAAGUUAAUAAAUGGAUUGAGACACGUAAUAUGUUGAUCGGUCAAACUAAGAAUCCAUAUGAUUAUAGGCGCUCUGUUGGAGGCUCUUCGGGUGGAGAAGCAGCGUUAAUUAGUGCUUGUUGUACCGCAUUUGGCUUGGGCACAGAUAUUGGCGGAAGUAUUCGUAUACCAGCAUUCAAUUGUGGAAUAUUCGGUCAUAAACCCACCAAAGGUGUAAUCAAUACACGGGGAUGUACAUUCCGUAGUGGUAAUGAAGUAAAUACAAUGGUUGCCGCUGGACCAAUGGCUCGGUAUGCUGACGACUUAAUUCAAUUAAUGAAAGUACUGACUGGGCCAAAAAUGUGUAAGGAACUACAAUUAGAAUCAUCGGUAAAUUUAAAGACCAUACAAUAUUUUUAUAUUCCAAGUAAUAGCAUGAUACAAUGCAACCCUAUUGGAAAAGACGAACAAAAGCUCAUGAUAAAUGUUUGUGAACAUUUUAAAAAUGUAUCAGGCUCGGAUGUAAAAUUAUCUACAUUACCGCAUCUUGAUAUGACAGGAAAAAUGUGGAGAUACUGGAUGACACAAGAGCCAGCAAACUUCAACAAAUUACUGGGUAAUGGAGAGACACUAAAUCCGUUUUUCGAAUUAUUCAAAAAACUAUUUGGACGAAGUGAAUUCACAUUGGCUGCAAUUUAUUCCUUAAUUGAUGCUUUGCUACCCCCCGAAAAAGAACAUAAAAUUCGAGAGGCAACAAAAAAGUGCAAAGAAGCACUCAAUGAACUACUUAGGGAUAAUGGUGUAUUAUUUUUCCAUAGUUCACCACGAACAGCUCCAUUCCAUUAUUAUCCUUUAAUUAAAUUCAUGGAUUUUAGUUAUUUUAGUAUAUUCAACGUUUUAAAUGUACCGGUAACUCAAGUACCCAUGGGUUUGGAUUCGAAAGGAAUGCCUAUGGGCAUCCAAAUUGUAGCUUCAGAAAUGAAUGACAGAUUAUGUCUAUAUGUCGCCAAGGAAUUGGAGAGAAAAUUUGGAGGUUGGGUAAAGCCAUACAAAUAUUAAUAAUACAAUAUCAUUAAAAUAAAAUUAAUCGAAGGUGCUUUUUUAUAGCUUAAAAUAUUGUUUGGAUAGUGGGUUUUAAUUUUUAUCGAUCAAAUAAAUGUAUAAAAUUGUAUUAUAUGUA